UGUAGCUGUAGCUGUCAUGUUUUGAUUGAAAGAUGUGAUGACUAAAAAUGAAACUAAAAGUUUUAAUUUAAUUUAUAAGAAUAAUAUAAAAAUAUUCACUUCAACUCUUCAAUCAUGAUGGCAGGAAAAGGUAUGCCGGAGACGGAGGAGCAGAAUAGGAUAAGAUUUCAAGUAGAGCUAGAAUUCGUUCAAUGUUUAGCCAAUCCAAAUUACAUUCACUUUCUAGCACAGCGAGGCUACUUUAAGGAGCAGACCUUCAUCAACUACCUGAAGUACCUCCAGUACUGGCGGGAGCCGGAGUAUGCUCGCUACCUCAAGUACCCGAUGUGUCUACAUUUCCUGGAGUUACUCCAGCAUGAGGCGUUUAGGAGGGAAUGUGUAUCAGCUCAGGUAUGCAAAUUCAUGGACGACCAGGCGAUCCUAUUAUGGCAGCACUACACGCGGCGACGCACGCGCACGCUGCAGCCGCCGGACGCGCCCGCGCCGCCGGCGCCGCCUGCGCCGCCCGGCCCGCCGAGGCAGCAGUCCUAGGGUUAGCUUUUGGAAUAUUUUUAAAGUUUUACCAUCCUGUGGAUAAAAGGCUGUCAGCCUUCAAUUGCAUAAAAGUCACCGUGUGGCUACGAGUACAGUUCAGUAUCGCACCGUGUGUGAUAUGCGUGGGUUUGCAGGUUUGGACACUGUGACGGUGACAUUUUGAGGAUGGAAGUGUCAUGGAUCAUAGGAUUCAUAGGGCAUGCAUAUGUUGGCUGGCCUGGCAGAAAAACCAAAUAAAACAAAAUUAAACAGCUAAUAAAUAUGACCUUCUUGGUUCAUAUGAAUAUGCUUUCAAAGGCUGAUGAAUGUCACUCACCAUUCUAAGCAGGAAACUUUUCUUACCAUAAAUUAAUGAAUAUACUUCUUAUACUAGAGUCUGCAGAAAGAAAUGAGUUGUGAAAUGUAUGGGAUAUCUUGCCCUUCCCUCACAGGCUCUAUUAAAAAUCUUUGAAACAAAUCUCGUGUUUUUAAUGCCAGUUUCUAAAACAAUGAUAGACUGAUUUAUGGAUUGUCGUAAGUGUAUAUCAUAAGUAAAUUAAUUAAAACAAUUCAUUUUUAAA